CAAAUAUUUGACUUUUAGCUUUCUUUGAUUUGUAACCCUAUUGUCCAAUGUUCAGAAUCAGAUGCUAAAUGAGCUACUGACCUAGAAAAGAAUUAGCGCGCUUUAUGCUUACACCCGGUCAGUGGAAUUAGCGCACGUUAUGUACGAACACGUGGCUUAUAAUGACUGAAGCACAUACGAAGAAGGCUUCCCGGAAACGGUCAGGAAACAGCAGAAAUGAAACAAUUCUGACUUUCUUUCAGCCCAAGAGGUUUGUGAAAUUGUGACUGGUGUGCUCUUGCUGUCUGUACUAGCUAGCUAGUAACUGUAGGAUGUCACCAGGUCGAGGGCAGAUUCUCCCAUUUCAGUUGGUACAGAAGGGCAUGUGAUUACGGAUUCCGAAUCGGCGUCUUCGGACAACGUAGUGGACCUUGGUGAUCUUUCCCAGUCGAGGCGCCGCAAUCGAGUCAGCCAUCAGCCAACACGUCUAGAUGAGUACGUAAUAAUGGAAACGACCGGCAGGCAACCAGUUAUUUCAGAGGACGUCGAAACCUAUGUUAGAGUUUCCGUCUACUACGAAGUGCUUGACUCAAUCAUAGGAGAAAUGAAGCGCCGAUUUUCCCAUGAGACUCGUCCACUGAUAAGGGCAUGUAGCGCUUGCAUGCCUGGAUCAUCUUUUCUCAAUGCAACUACUAUGCAGCCAUUGAUUGUCCACUACAAGCUAAAUUUUGAGGACAUUUCUGUGCAAGCCGAAGAAUGCAAACGGUUUCUUGCAAGGAAGAAGGAUGUAAACUCUUUAUCUGACGUCUUACACCAUCUCUUGCCAGUCAAAGAGGCGUUUGUAGAGUUGUAUAAACUUCUGACCAUAGUGUUGACUAUGGGUGUGUCAACAGCAUCUUGCGAACGCUCGUUUUCGUGUCUGAAGAGGCUAAAAAGCUAUCUUCGGGCCGGUAUGGGUCAAGAUCGGUUAAACAGUAUGGCUUUGCUUGCAAUAGAGAGAGACCUCUCUGGAAAAAUAGACAUUGACGAAGCAAUUGAGUUAUUUGCUAGAAUAGACAAGAACAGGAGAAUUAAGUUACUAAAGUAGAUUGCUGUCUAUAGUGUAAAAACCGCACAGUGUGAGAGCUCUUCAGGAAGUACAAUAUCAACUCUACGAAAUACUACUCGCCGUCUACAGUGCAAAUG